AUGCCAGCAUCAGCUUCGAUGUAUGACAGUGGUAAAUGCAUUCCGGAUUCCAGCGCCUGGUUCCUUCUUACUCCGAGCGAGACUGUCUGCCUCCAACGGCUUGAAAGUUCCCCUGAUCUUGUCCGGCUCUACUUAGAUCCUGCUGAGGUGCAUGUAACAGCUUGUCUGACAUGCGAGGCCACACUUGGGUGGGCUUUCAGGAGGACAUCAGCUGACAUUCUGCAUAUCCCUGAGGCUGCAGUAGCACCUUGGGAAUUGCCUCAGCAGCGGGUGCCUGGUGGAAUUGACGUGCGAUUCCAUGGAGUUGGUGAUAAGGUUGAGGUUGCGUGGUGCACUAGAUCGCACACCUGGCAUUCCCGCGUGGGGGCUACAGUCUCCGUCAGCGUCCAAUGCAUUGAAUCAAACGACGGCCACGCGCAAAGGCUCGGCUCUGCGUCCCUUGCCUUCCCCUUCCAGUUGAGUGCGCGGAACUCACAUCUCACUGCUGGCAACUUGGAAAUUAGUGCAGUGGCAGCGCAAGCCACCCAGUUUCAAGAUGACCCCGAACGCCAGCGUUCGGAAGCAUUUCCUUUGCAGGCAUCACUCCCGGACUGUGGUCAUUUCCUUGGCCCGUGGACUGCAAAGGAAUGUGGCGAGACGAGCUUCCACGCCCGAUGGUCUUCUGGCUCACAGAGUUCCAAGCGCAUUGCCGGGGCCGUGCGUGUCUUUGCCAACGCGGCUUCAGUUUGUGUUCAUCCUCUCUGGGAGGAGGCGCAUGCUGGGCACUGUGAGCUGGUAGUGGGGGAGAUGGAGAUAGAGCCUGGGAGUGAUCUCGAGAGACGCGUGACCUGGAACCUGAGAUGUGGCGUUCGGCUGAGUACCGAGUCGCAGCAUCUUUGCUGCCCGAGCAGGGUGGGGCAAGUGGAGGCGGAUCCGACAGGCCAGAGUUUUCAUGGCAUCGGUCCCGAUGCAGCGCGCUGGUUUCCUUCUGUCAGUUAUGUGGAUCGCCUCAAUGUCGGCUUCGGUUCAGUCAUGCAGGAGACGGUCAGAGCUUUCAUCGACAUCAAUGAUGGCAUGGUCUGGUACUCCCUCAAAAUUCAAGCUUUGCCCGUCCAGCUGUCUCUCAGCCUGAUGGGGAGAUCAGACGGCCAGCAGGUGAACGGAAGUCCACGUGUCCUCGAUGCUCCGCAUGCCGUGCUCCGCAAACCGCUUUGCCUCGUCCCACUGGUACCACGAGACCCCUGCGCGGAUCGGACUGCUAGAGCAAGUGUGCAGGUAGGCGGCCAGCAGCCUAAGCAGCCCUUGGUCUUUGAAGGCAAAGAUUUGGAAGCCGCUACGGGCCAAGCCCGUGAUGUUUGCAAUGGAACUCGGAUGGAGCUCUCCGAGACUUGUCCUGCCGGUGACACUAGGACCCUGGCGGAGCACAUGGCAGGUGCUGGCGGUGCUGGUGAUGUGCAGCUUUUCCGUCUUCGUGUGCGUCGACCUGCGUCGAUGCGCUCGCAGCGGAAGGACGUGCGGGCAGAGCUGUCGUCGCCUCUGAGCGACGGUUCGCGACCCCGAAGUCCUGCAAGCCCAUCGGCAAUUGCUUGGGCAGAGAAGUCAGAGAAGCCGGCGCAGAUUCCAAUCAUCGACUGCCAGCGGCCAGCAGCUGCAGGAUUCAGCUUGCCCCUCGAAAAUGUCGCGGUACCUCCUGGUCGGUAUAUGCCUGCGCAGCCACUUCCGAGCCAAAACGUCGUGGUGCGCAGAAAGAACAAGAGCAAAAGCCCAUCAAAGAAGCAUAAGCACGGUCGGCGGUGGGCAGAAACAUGA